CUCUGAAAACAUCACAAGUGAUUCAGUAGUUAAUCAGAAAUAACUAAAUUUCAUCCAUUUCAAAUAUUUCAAUAAAAAAACUGAAAUCUGCCAAUAUGAAUUCGCUCAAAAUUGUUGGAUUAGUUUGUGUUUUGAUUUUGGCGGUGCAAGGGCACAUGACUGAUGAAGAUAAGAAGAAAUUGAUGGAAAUUGGAAAAGAAUGCAAAGAAGAAUGUAAAGCGUCGGACGAAGAUGUUGGAAAACUUUUGAAGGAAGAAUUGCCGAGUUCUGAGGGAGGAAAAUGCAUGCCAGGAUGUGUUAUGGAUAAAAUGGAAGUGAUGAAGAAAAAUGGUGCAACGUACGAACUACAAUGUGAUGUGAUGAAAAAGGGAGCCGAAGAAAGAAAAAUGCAUGCAGAUAAAGUUGAAAAAAUGAUGCAAUCAUGCCAGAAAUGUAACACUGAAAACAAGGAAGCAGAAAGGAAAGAGGCGGGUUUGAAAUUGGGAGAAUGCUUGCACAAGGCAUCAAAAGAAAAUGGCUUAGGACCACAAUAACUUUUGAGGACCAAAUAAUUCGUAACAAAAAAAAAAAAAAUCUAUUUGCUA